CAGCAAAAAAAAGACGAACUAGUCAAGAGGAAGAUACUGGCUCGGCAGGCUGUUCCCAGCUCACCGGAAGUCCAAAGCCAUGUAAUUAUGCUUGGAGGCUACACGGAGGUCGACAAACCCAUCAGAGAGACCUUCGCUUUCGAUGUAACUUUUAUGAUACGUUACAGCCUCGCACCCAUGCCUGACGAUGCUGGACUGGACUUUGCAGCUGCACGUGUACAACGAGGUUUAUGUCAGCGGUGGAUCCAAGCUACCUACGUUCUUUGCUGUCUAUAAACCAGGUGACAACGAGUGGGAGGUGCUGCCCUCUCUACCAGACGAAGGUCGAGAACAACACGCCAUGGCUGCUAUCAAUUCUUCCAUUUAUGUUCUUGGUGGUCGUCAAAAAACAGCUGAUGGCGAGAAAACGAUUUCGUCAAGUGUCCUAAGGUACAACACAAAGACCAAAGAAUGGAGCGAGUUCUGUCAGCUGACCCUAGGUGUUAGAGAGACCGCCGCCGCUACCCUCGGUCACCGCAUCUACCUGUUUGGCGGGGUGGAUAGUCGUGGAGCCACCACAGACUUGGUGCAGUGGGUGGACACCCUGGGUGGCUGCACCUAUCAAGCUGGCAAACUUCCAACACCUACGUGCGGUGCACGUGCACUGAGCAAUGGAGGACGUAUUUACGUCGUGAGACCUGAAGGGGAUGUCUUAUGUAUGUGGGAGAGCUUCCUCUUGGCUGAACACAUAGAAAAAACAAUAUCUAACAGGAAAGAAAAGGAAAAUGACCCUCCUCCGACGAUCCGUACAGUCAGCUUCAGGGAGGUCGGCAAGUUCCCAGGACGUCGUCACUUUGGUGCCUGUCUCUCAGCAGGGGACAUAACUGUGUGUGGCGGACAGAGUAAGGAUGGAGAACUCUUGCAGAGUUUUCAUACGAUUCGACUGGAAGAUGCCACAGCUACCCAAAAGCCUUUGCUCUUAAUACCCGAGGCAGCGAAAUUCAACCUUCACAUGCUAAAUAUUCCCAAAAUUUUCUUAAAAAGAAGUAAACAGAAAAACCAUCUUCCGCAAAAGUGGUUUUUAGUAGACGAAGUUGAGAGGUUUGUCCCAAACCAAACUUCUAACACAUAAGGUACACACAAAUAAUGUUUCUCGAGCCGUUUUUAAAUGACGAUGCUGCUGCUGCUGAUGAUUUUUCUUAAAUAUUAUGCACGAAAUUAUUGCUUUGUCUACAGCAUUUCAAGUUAGAGAGGUAAAUGUGUGUGCGUUGUUUUAAAUCGUGUGUACAUUGAACAUGCUCGCGGAUAUUUUUGCGUGUGCACGUAUGUUUUGUAUGUAUAAUGCUACUUGCUCUCAUGUGUAUAUGUUUUAUGGUACAUACAUUGUGUGAAAUCACUCAGCAUCAGUAGUAAAAAAAAAAAAAAAAGAAAAACCGUCCACGGCGAGUAAUAAUGAUGUUCCCAACAAAAUUUUUUAAUCGAAGUUAUAUCUGUUUAAAGGUACUUGGCUACUUUGUAGAUAUUUAAACAAAAGAUGGAGUUCUUCAGCUUUACACGUUUAUGACUCACACACCAUUGUACAAGAUAAACAUUACAAAACAGGAACUAAUUAGUUUUACUUUCUGUGUUAAAGCGUUUAUCUAAGCAUUCUACCAACAACCAAUUGUAAAAUUUAAUUUCUCAUAAU